CACAGUGCAGAUUUGUCAAAUAGCCCGUGCAUGGCUCAUGGUUGUCAGGAGAGCAUCGAUUCAGCAGUCAGGAGAUCCAGGGUGGACAUUUUAUUACCAGACUGUAACACAAGUUAAACACUCAUCUUAAGCAGCAACUCCAUCUUUAUUUAAACAGCUGUCCUCUCUCUCUCUAAACCAGAUUACAUCUCCACAUCUAUCGUUUCACUCGUCGCUUUUAGCUUCACUAGUUUAACUCGUCGCUCCUUUUUUGAAAAUGGCGGAUCUACCACCAGAGAAGAGCCUGGACGACUUCUUCGCCAAGCGGGAUAAAAAGAAGAAGAAAGAGAAAGGAAAGGGCAAGGAGUCCUCCGCCGCCGCUGCUUCUUCUUCUGGACCCACGUCUGCUAUGAUCAAAAAAACCAAGAGAGAGAAAGAGAAAUCAACAAAAAACGACAAUCAAGACGCUCAGAUCGAGAAGGAGGACGAGGAAUGGAAAGAGUUUGAACAGAAAGAAGUUGACUACAGCGGGCUCCGUCUCCAAGCUUUGCAGAUAAGUGACGAGAAAGAGGAGGAAGAGUACGAGAAGGAGGAGGUUGGUGAGGACGGAGAGAUCAUUCAGUACAGCGGAGACAGAGUGUCCGGUCCCUGGAACAAGUCUGGUGCUGCUCCGCCUCCUGCUGCCGCACCCGUGGAGGAAGAAGAGGAGCCAGAGUCGAAGCCUUCUGGUGUAUACCGCCCUCCAGGGGCUCGGCUGGGCACCGCCAGACGAACUCCCACCCAGGGGCCUCCUGAGAUCUUCAGUGACACACAGUUCCCCUCUCUACUGUCCACCGCCAAGCAUGUGGAGACACGCAAGGACAGAGAAAUGGAGAAGACCUUUGAGGUGGUGAAACACAGGAACCGCGGUAGAGAGGAGACCGGCGGUGGCGCCUCUAUGCAGCACUUGCAGCUCGACAACCAGUACGCCAUCCUGGGGGAUAAGUAGAGCCGCUCCCCUCCGUCCCCCGGCCCCUUCAGCACGGUCCUGCCCAGCCCCCCCCCCCCUCGAAGGAAGCUGAACUCCAGCUGUGUUGACUGCAGUCCUGACAGAGCUCACAUUGCCACUCACACACACAGCCUCAUAUACAUACGCACUCAUACACGGCAAUACCAUCGCACCACAUACAGUGACACUCCCUUUAAAUACAUAGUAACACACUUUCCAUACACUUGUUGGCAAAACUGAAGGACUGCAUCUGAAGGGGCUGUUGAAAGAGGGAAUAAUUGGAAAGGAAUUGGCAAAAUACACCCAAACGUACAACACUGCAGCAGCAACAACAGACGACAUGUUUUGUCCUUUGUGGAUUGUACUCGGAGCAGCAGUUGUGUGGCGCAACUUUUUCUCUGGACUUCAACUUGCUUCGAUAAAGCCACAGAGGAUAACUUUAGGCGAGAUGAUUUUACAAACUUCUGUGAAAAUAUCUAUUUUUUUGCAAGAUCGUUAUAACCCAAUCGCACAUGGUAUUUUGGGGUGUGUUUUUGAGUUGCGGUGGGGGCUUCGGGAGUGGGGAUACUACCUCAGCAGCAAAGCUGGUGGUGACGAUGUGGACUGAGCUUUUUUUUUUUUUUUUUUGCUGUGGUGGUGAACGGGGCAAACACCGGCCCACCCCCCCUCCCCCCACAUACAAGCCGGCCAUCAGGCUCUUUAAUUUAGAAACUUGAAGCUUUUUUCCCUUCAUGAUGAUGAUGACACUCUGCAAAGAUCUAUGGACAAGAAGCGAUAGGUUGUGGUCCUCCAUUUAGAAUUUCUAUAUAAAGUGGCCUUACUGAUAGAGAGAAACUGCUUUGUCAUCUGAAGAGAACUUUGCUUGUUGUCUCACGGGCUGCUGCCUGCCUCUGGAUCUCAAAACCCAAUAUACAAAACAAAACAAAAAAAUCCUUCUGUUGAAGAAUGUAGUGCUGUUGUAGUUUGCCGAUGAUUACAACUACUAACUGUCUUUCAUAUCCACCGUUUGAUUUUGCUGCCCCUUACUUCACCUUGGUCUUUUUAGACGUCCGCAAAAAAAGAGAAAUUAAAAGUUUCUAAUCCGAAACCAUUCUUUUGGUUACAAAUGCUUUACUAUGGUUUGAAACCAGAUGGUCACAGAUGUUACAGUCGGCAAGAAAAAUGACGGCAAACCACUUUAAAAGCAUAUUUGUCGAGGUUGUUUGGCCGUACUGUGUUCACAACUUUUAGAAUUUGCUAUAAAGUGGUACAUUCAUCCCCAGUUUUAAGACUUUUUUUUAAUCAAGGCUUUUCCUCAUUAGUAAAUUGCUGAGUCAGCCCUCGUUGCAGUUGUGUAGAACAAGUAGCUUGUGCAUAACUUAAUUUCCGGAGAGUUACAGCGACUACUCGCCUGUAAAAACAAACUGUCACCAAACCAACAGAGUACCGUCCACUUACAAAACAGUGGUACGCCCAGUUAAAAUCAAAUGGGUUUUUGCUACAAGCAUAGUUAUGUUUAAGAAAGGUGAAGAACUGGAUUUAUGUUCUAUGUUUCUGUCCUUUCCAUAAAAGAUGUCGGGGAGCGUCGAUCCCGGCUGGAACACUUUGGGUGGACGUAGAUAAUAUUUGUGAUGAAAAGAGAAGAGCCUAACACAAAAAAAUAAAGUGAUCCUUGUGAUUGAA